AUGUCAGUCGCAGGAAGUCAGUAUGUCUUGCAGACAGGGCUGGCAUCCGGCAUGUCCGCUACAGAAGGGCCAAUGCACUCGCCACACCCGAAUCCCGUCGACCCCAAGAUGAGCGAGGAGUCUUAUGUGUUGCCCAGUGAGAUCAUACCAGACUCGAGGGCACGAAUCACACUGCGAGGAAAGGCCCACGAUGUUCUAGUGCCCUAUAUAUGCAUCGGUGCCUGGUCCUGGGGCGAUAAAGCCACGUGGAAAUACGAUGCAGAACGUGACCUUCCGAGGAUCCGAGCCGCUUGGUCGAAGUUGCGACAGGUCGGGUUAACUUUUGUUGACACGGCCCCUGCGUAUGGCGACGGAGACAGCGAGCGUAUCUGUGGCCAGCUGUUCAAGGACAUGAGGCGGGAGGAAUUCAUCAUACAGACAAAGUGGAUGUCAUGGCCUGACCCGACAAACGUCUUUCUCCAAUCGCACGGCCCGGAAAACAAACUCAGAAGCUCGUUGGAGAGGCUUGGCCUUGAAUAUGUGGAUGUCUACCUUGUCCAUGGACCAACUCACCUUAGCAUGAUACCGACUGUCGCGCAGGGUCUUGCGGACUGCGUCAACAGUGGGUUGGCACGGACCGUUGGCGUUGCCAAUUAUGAUAAAGACGAUAUGAUCAAAAUGGCCAAUGAGCUCGACAAGCAUGGCGUCCCCCUGGCGACCAAUCAAUGCGAGUACUCCGUUAUUAGAAGACAUCCAGAAGUUCAUGGAUUGAUCCGCGAAUGCCGCCAGAGAGGAAUCGUCUUCCAGGGAUAUGCAUCGCUGGGAGAGGGCCGCCUGUCGAACAAGUACUCUCGAUUCCAUGAGCCUCCGCGGACGUAUCGUUUCAGUAGCUAUCCCAUGCAUAUGCUUGAGCCAACCCUGAACGUGCUUGAGCAAAUCGCUGAAGAAAGGCGUGUCCCUGUGGCCGCUGUGGCAUUGAAUUUCAGUAUCAACAAGGGAGUUCUUCCUCUGGUGGGAAUUCGGAGUGGUGAGCAAGCGGAGCAGGACAUGCAGGCUCUAGGCUGGCGCCUGACACCAGACGAGAUGCGACGGAUUGAGGCUGUCAGUAUCGAGGGACAUACCACGGUACUGUGGCAGCAUGGUUAG